AUGUUUUUUACCAACUUCACUGAAUUCUACCUGCAGGGAUUUCCAGGACUCCAAGCGCAGUAUUAUGGAGCUGUGGGGAGCUUUUUGUUUUUCGUCUACUUGACACUGGCAGGAGGAAACAUCUUUAUUAUUUCAUUUAUUGCAUAUGAGAGAAGCCUUCAGAAACCCACAUAUUUAAUCUUUUGUAAUCUUGCUGUGUCUGAUCUUGUUUUUGGAACUGUAACGCUGCCUACAGCAUUUUCAAAAUAUAUUUUCAAUGUCAACACUAUAUCGUUUUAUUGCUGCUUUGUGCAAAUGUUUUUUGUUCAUUAUUUAGGGAGUGUUAAUUCUUUUAUUUUGCUAUUAAUGGCCAUUGAUCGCUUUGUUGCAGUGUGCAACCCACUUAGAUAUUGUGCGAUUAUUACAAACAAGACAAUUGUGUUGUCAUUUGCAUUGAUUUGGAUACUCCUUAUAAUUUCUUUGUCGAUCGUUGUGUACGAAACAUUUGAUGAACCCUUUUGUGCUUCUAAUGUAAUAACCCAAAAUUAUUGUGAUCAAAAUACAAUAUCUAAACUGUCUUGUGGAGAUGUAAGACAAAAGCGAAUGUUUCCAUUUGGAAAUGCCAUGUUUGUUCUUUUGGGCCCUUUGACUUUUAUUAUAUUUUCAUUCAUUGCCAUCAUCACAUCAGUUUUUAAAAUCUCUGACAGUCAGGCUCGAUAUAAAACAUUCUCAACCUGCACUCCCCAACUUUUUAUUAUUUGUUUGUACUAUGUUCCCAGAUGUGUUGUCUAUGUGUAUGAUGUGACUGUAACAAUCUCUCCAGGUAUUCGGAUGCUGUUAAUUAUGUGCUACAGUCUGCUGCCGCCUGUUGUCAAUCCAAUGAUAUACUGCUUCAGAACUAAAGAAAUCAAAGAUGCAUUGAGAAGGAAAAUAAGACACAAAGUUAGCCUCCAGAUGACAAUGAUGUGGGGAAAAAGUAGAUAAACAUCUUUAAUAAUUGUUUACACUAUGUUCAUCUAUG